AUGCAUCGUCUUUUUGCUGAGCUGGAGCCAUCUUUAACCGUCACAGAGCAAAACCUGGCAGACCGAGUUCGGUAUAUCUUGCGCUCAAAUAUAUUUGAUGUCGCCGAACUCGAACGGCUACGACGUGAGGCUGUUCCCUCGUCGGAUGAGAAUGCUACGGCUGAGGAUGCGGCGCCACAAAUGGUAGAGCAAACCGCAAACGUGGAUGCCGCCGUGAAUACCCCAGUUGUGGUUGAUUCAAACGAUGAUGGAACAGUCGCCCAGGAACUGGAACUAGAGCAAAUGAGGAGUACAUUGGAAGAGGCGAUUGUGGAAACGCGCAGUACGCCUCUCGAAAAUCGACCGCGACUUCCCCGCAUAGCCCUAAGCAAGCGGAAUCGGGCUGUCGUGAGGGCUCUGAACCCAAUGCUGGUUACCUAUUUGGAAGCCAGCCGGGACCUUUGCGAGACGGACUCAAUUCUUUUUGGCGCCGCACUGGCAGUCUGCCGUAUCAUAGGCGCCAAGGUUUCCACGGCUGGACGCGCUACUGGCCAAAGUAGCGCUAUCCCAGCAUGGAGAAGAAGAAUUGAGGAACGUAUCGCAAAGGCUAGAGCUCUCAUCGGCAGACUGAUAUGCUUCAGAUCAGGCAACAACAGGCCAAGGAUUAUGCGCACCGUCAGGAUGGCGUUUGCUGGGACAAAUGUCAGUUUGUCCCAGCCGGAUAUAACGCAAAAACUGACGGAGCGCAUAGACGACCUGAAGCAGAGAAUCGCUGCUUGGGGAAAACGGAUUCGGCGAUAUACCGAGAGGUCGACACGGUUCAACCAGAAUCGUCUCUUCCAGAGUGAUCAGAAGAGGCUCUAUAAAUCAUUGGAGCGACCAAUGGUAAGUGGAACGGGUCCAGCACCGAAUCAGGCCGACACGGUAGCAUUCUGGCGCAGCCUGUGGUCAGAGCCCGUAAACCACAGCGAGGGCCCUUGGACGGAAGUUGUGGCGAGUCAGUGUGCGGGUAUUACGCCCAUGGACCCCGUCAUCAUAACGCCGGAUGACGUAGCUGAGGCGGUCCGUAGGGCCCCGAACUGGAAAAGUCCGGGGCUUGACGGGCUGCAUCACUACUGGCUGAAGGGGUUCAUGUCAGUCAGCGCCCUGCCAAGAGGUGUGAGCGCCGUGCCUAGGCAAAAUUGUGGGUGCAAAGGUCCGUUUGUGCAUAAGACCGAACCACGAAACGGUGCCGGGCUUGGGCGUCUCCCGUUAUUUGGCGCCCAUAAAUGGAUGAUGGUACAAAGAGGAACGCGCAUAGGGCCGCUGCCUGGGGGUCGCCGGGGCGCGUCUGGAGCUGGCGCUGGACGCGGCAGCAUGCGGGCCGCCAGCCGAGCGCGAGGAGCUGUACGAUCACCUAGCAGCCCUCCGCAUCCAUCAUCCCCACCAGAAGGCUUGGUGUCGGCUGGGUCUUCUCGGACUCAGCAAGCGGCACCCGCCGCUGGUGGAGCACGUCGCAUGCGUUGGUCACAAACAAUGAACGCAAACGCACUGCGGGCGUACUUUAGGGCAAAAGGGGAAGAAACCGGAUGUUUGGCAUAUCGGGCUCGGAUGCAUCGCUUUUUUGCAGAGCUGGAGCCAUCUCUAUCCGUCACUGAGCAAAACCUGGCAGACCGAGUUCGGUACAUCCUGCGCUCCAACAUAUUUGGUGACGCCGAACUCGAACGACUACGACGUGAGGCUGUUCCCUCAUCGGAUGGAAAUACUACGGCUGGGAAUGCGGCGCCACUAAUUGCGCAGCAAACUGCAAAUGUGGACGCUGCCGUCAAUAUUCCAUUUGUGGUUGAUUCAGACGAUGAUGGAAUAGUCCCCCACGAACUAGAGAAAAUGAGGAGCAUAUUGGAAGAGUCGAUGCUGGAAACGCGCAGCAUGCCUCUCGAAAAUCGAACGCGACUUCCCCGCAUACUCCUUAGCAAGCGAAAUCGGGCUGUCGUGCGGGCUCUUAACCCAAUGCUGGUGACCUAUUUGGAAGCCAGCCGGGACCUUUGCGAGACGGACUCAAUUCUUUUUGGCGCCGCACUGGCAGUAUGCCGUAUUAUUGGCGCCAAACUUCCCAUGGCUGGACGUGCUACUCAACAAGGUAGUGCCAUCCCAGCCUGGAGAAAAAGAAUCGAGGACCGUAUCGCAAAGGCAAGGGCCCCUUAUCGGCAGACUGACAAGCUUCAGGUCGGGUAA